AUGAAUCCAGAUUUUGAUCCGAAGAUCCAAGUGGAGGUGGAUCCAAAUGAGGACACUGAAUGGAACGAUAUUCUUCGGGCUCAUGGAAUAAUUCCCGAGAAGCCUAAGGAUGCGUCCGAUGAGAUCGAAGAAGCCAUGAUGGAGGCUGUGAACAAACACCAUGAAAACAGAUUGGAGAAUAAGACCCUUGAUGAGUUGGAUGAUUUGGAAGAUGAGGAGGACGAGGAUUUCCUUGAGGAGUAUAGGCAGAAGAGAAUAGCGGAGAUGAAGAAGCUUGCCAGCAAAUCAAAGUUUGGCCAAGUCUACGGCAUUAAUAAACCUGAGUAUAAAGACGAGGUGACGGAUGCUUCGAAGGAAAGCAUUGUAGUGGUUCAUAUGUCUUUGAAUAGCAGCCUACAGUCAAGACUUUUGGCUCAUGCCUUGCAGCAGCUCGCCUCUAAGUAUCCGGAGAUCAAAUUCGUUGAUAUCUUGGCUUCCAGGGCCGUUGAACAUUAUCCGGAGUCGAACUGUCCCACGUUACUUAUAUAUAAAGAUGGAGACGUGGUAAAGCAAUACGUCACACUUGCAUUAAUUGCAGGAAACCAGACCAAACCUGUUGACAUAGAGAAUAUUUUAGUUGAUUGUGGGGCCAUCAAGAAAGACGAUAGAAGAUUAAUCGUGAAUCAAUUAGAUGACGAGUGA